CUCUUUCGAAGAAGAAGAAGAUAGCGACGAAGAAGAAAGUAACCCGCGGUCUGCGAGCAGGAAUAAUGUAAUAUUAUUUUAAACUAAUAACAGAACAUUUUUACUGAUACAAGUAAUUAUUAAGUUCAGACAUUAAUGAGAUCACUUCUACGGACAGAAUGUGUAUUUUACGGACGCGUGCAACGUUAUAACGCGAAUAAAACACAGCCAACGUUUAAAUGUUUUACUCACACUAGCUAGUUCGUUGUUUCUGAAGAAAGUCCAAGAAAAUGGAGGAAAUCGGGAUGGAAGCGGACUCAGCCGAGAUCUCAGCAUCCGCAUCGCAACAAGGGGUUUCUGACGCGUGGGAAACCGUGACUGCAGCUUUGGUGUCUCCCGGCUGUUCGGUGGCGGAGCAGAGCCUCUCAGACUCGCUGGCCCUGCUGUGCGGUCAGGGUCUGGGCCAGCUGCUGGGCGGCUGGCUGCUGGAGAUGUUGCAGAUGUGUCUGUCCUCCUCGGUGGUUCCCGAGUUUUGGUCCGGACUCAAACAGCCCGAGAACGAGCUGGAGGAGAGAGGCCGGGCCUGGGUUCUUCUCACAGCCUUUCGGACUCUGUUAGGCCGACUGGAACCUUUCCUGGGUGGUUUGGAGAGGCUGGGGACGUGGCAGGACGAGGGCUGCGGCAGUCUGUGUGGCCCCGGGCCCAGGGGCCUCCAUGAGCGGGCCUUCACUAUCAUCAGGGCCCUCCUCCUCUUCUCCCCCUCCCCUGUCCUCCAGGAGCGAGUGCUGGAGUUUUACAGCAGGACAUUUUCUGUCUAUAUGAACCAGGAAGGGCAGGCGGAGGACCGGGCCGAGGUCCCAGAGGGCCCCGAGCGAGGGGUCUGCCCGGGCUGCGGGGUCCCCACACAGCAGUGCUGGUGUAAGGAGGCCCUGGAGCAGCUGCAGGAGCUCAGCCACAUACUUUCCAAGCUGCAGCUGCUGGAGUGGGUCAGCUCCGAGGCCGUCACCUCCAUCCUCCACAAGCUGAUCGAGCAGCGGAUGGAGCAGCACUGCAGGGGCGAGUACGAGCGCUCCUUCCUGCUGGAGUUCCAGGAGUGGCUGGAGCUGGUGCUGGGCUGGCUGAGCAAAGUGUUCACCAGCGAGGCGGAGAGAGACGCUCCCAUAUCGGCCUCCAGCGCUCCUAUCACUCCCAUCGCUCCCAGCAGCCAGGCCGGCAGCUCCGUCCUAAAGCAGUGGAGGUGCCACAUGCACCAGUUCUUCUGUAGGAUCUACGUCAACAUGAGGAUCGAGGAGCUCUUCAGUAUCAUCAGAGAUUUCCCGGAGUCUAAAGCAGCAAUUGAAGAUCUGAAGUUUUGUCUGGAGAGAACAAAUCAGAGACAGCAGCUGCUCACCUCAUUAAAAUCUGCCUUUGAGAGCCGCUUGCUGCACCCUGGAGUUCACACUUCAGACAUCCUUACAGUUUACAUCUCCGCCAUCAAAGCCCUCCGAGAGCUCGACCCCUCCAUGGUCAUCCUGCAGGUCGCCUGCCAGCCCAUCCGCAAGUACCUCCGGACCCGGGAGGACACAGUGAGGCAGAUCGUGGCCGGCCUGACAGGCGACGCUGAGGGCUGCACAGAUCUGGCCUCAGAGCUGUCCCGAGGAGACCCGGUCACUCUGGAGAUGCAGGACAGCGAUGAAGAAGGAAACGACCCCGAGGACUGGACUCCGGACCCGACCGACGCUGUCCCUGAUAAAAUGGGCUCAAAGCGUCGCUCAUCAGACAUCAUCAGCCUGCUGGUCAGCAUCUACGGCAGUAAGGACAUCUUCAUAGACGAGUACAGAGCCGUGCUGGCGGACAGACUGCUGCACCAACUCAACUACAACACGGCCAGGGAGAUCCGUAACGUGGAGCUGCUGAAGCUCCGGUUUGGAGAGUCUCACAUGCAUUACUGCGAGGUCAUGCUGAAGGACAUGGCGGACUCUCGGAGGAUCAACAGUAACAUCCGUGAGGAGGAGUCGAGGCUGAGUGAGGAGGAGCAGCCUCCUCUGUCCCUGUCCUCCAUCAUCCUGUCAUCUGAGUUCUGGCCUUCGCUGAAGGAGGAGAAGCUGGAGCUGCCGCCGCUCGUCCUCCAGGCCAUGGAGGCGUACACGCACCGCUACGAGAAGCUCAAGGCCAUGAGGACGCUGAGCUGGAAGCCUCACUUGGGCUCCGUCACUCUGGACCUGGAGCUGGAGGACCGGACCCUCAGCAACCUCACCGUGUCCCCGAUCCACGCCGCCAUCAUCCUGCACUUCCAGGAGAAGAGUUCUUGGACUCUGGAGGAGCUGAGUGUGAAGCUGGGCGCCCCAAAGGAGCUGGUGCACAGGAAAUUGGCGCUGUGGCAGCAGCACGGCGUGCUGAGGGAGGAGGCAGGGGGAAGAUACUACGUGGUGGAGACGGGCUCGUCCAAAGAGAAAAUGGAGAGAGGAGUGAUGCUGAUCGACAGCGACGAGGAGAGAGACUCCAACACCACCACCCAGUCAGAGCAGAGGGAGGAGAAGCUGCAGCUGUUCUGGGCCUACAUCCAGGCCAUGCUGACUAACCUGGACAGCAUGACGCUGGACCGCAUCCAUUCCAUGCUCCGGAUGUUCGUCGCCACGGGACCCGUCGUCACAGAGAUGGAUGUGAACGAGCUGGAGGCGUUCCUGCAGAGGAAGGUCAGGGAGCAUCAGCUGAUGGUCUCGGCGGGCGUCUACAGACUCCCCAAAGCCAACUGAUGACGAGGAUCCACUCCACAAAACCAGCAGAAUGGACUGCCUGCCGCGCUGCCUUCAGGUGCUGCAGGGAAAAUAGGAAAAUGUUGUUCUGCUCAGUUUUACACUAAUAGCAGUGAUCAAUAAAUGACUGUUGAGCAGAUGACCUCCAGCGUGUCACACUGGAUCCUCCCGUGAGUUGAUCAGCAUCAUUUUACAAGCUCUGCUCCUCUCAAAGGUUCCUGAAGCUCCUCCACCCUCCGCAGCAUCAGCUGACCGUGUGGAUGCUGCAGCUGGAGGUGAAGCUGUUGUCAAGGUUAUUGGUGUUGAACACUGAUGUAUAAUAAUUAUAAAAGCUCUUACAUGUCUCCUGUGUGUUUAUCUGAACUUAAUUAAAGAGGGACACAUUUAAACACUUUAAAA